AUGCUGAAAUCAUCCUUGUUCUCACUGCUGAUUUUGCUCAUUCUGGCAUGCUCCAUCGGAAAUGUCUCUUCGAAUGAUUUCUUCUUGAGAAGUGCCAAAUGGGUCAGCAAGAUGAAUCCAUCUGGAGGUGCUCUCGUCAGUGGAAGAGGUGGAUUUCGACCCGGUUUCGUGUCGAGAGACUGGCGGCAUGCACUCGCUGAACCGAAUUUCGUCAAGAGAUCCUACAACGACUACUGA